CGCCUUCGUGCAUGCUCGAGCCCGUCGCGGUCUCUCUCCUCUUCCUCUCCGCCAGCGUCGCUGCUGUCGCCGUGGCGGGUGCGGCGCUCGCCGCCGCCACCGCCUGCGUCUGCCACGGCUGCCUGCUGGAACCAGACGAGCCGAGGAGGGAGGCUCAUCCUUUCUUCUCGCUCCCCUUCUCAGACCGCACGGACCACGGGAUCAGCCUCUCAUGACCGGCGAACACUCUGACCUGCAGCGCGGCCUCCUCGCGCCGCCGUCUUCACUCCGCUUCGGGAGCAAGCGGCUCGCCGGAAUCGCCGUCCUCGCAGCAUCCUCCAUCGCAGCCAUCCUCGUAUCGCGCACCUGGGCCAUCGUGGCGGUCGCGUUCAUCGCAGCGCGCGAUCCACAGAGCAGUUCGCAGCUGCAGCAGCCACAGAGCAGCUCGCAGAUGCAGAUGCAGCAGCCUCCGCCUUCGCCACCGCCCUGCGCCCGCCAGAUCUGGGUCAUCCGGCACGGCGAGAAGUCGCCCCACCCUGCGCCGGGCUCUCCAGAGGUGCACGGGCUCAACGCGACCGGCUGGAGCCGCGCCUCGCACCUCGCCCGCCUCGUCGAGUCGGGCCACUGGCCGCGCUUCGUCGCUCUCUUUGCGUCAGACCCGGGCCGGCCGCCUUUUGCCCUGCGAGAGGUGCAGACCGUGCAGCCGCUCGCCGCGCUGCUCGGCCUCCCUGUCAACGACUCGUUUGCCCAGAGCGAGGGCGAGCAGCUCGCGGCGGCGGCCCUCCUCGCGGCGCGCGACCGCUGCGGCGCCGUCCUACUCAGCUGGGAGCACUGCCGCAUCCCCGCGCUGCUGCGGGCGCUGGGCUGCGGCGCGGAGCACUGUCUCCGCUGCUGGCCCGACGGCGAGUACGACCGAGUCGAGCGGGUCGAGCUGCUGCUGCGGGAGGAGCCGAGCGGUGCGCCCGCCUGGCGGGUGCGCGCGAUGCCGCCGGCGGCCGAGGGGUUCGGCGGCGACGUGGAGGGGUACCGCGGGUACGAGUGCGUCGACCCGGCGCACGCCAUCCUCGCGACGGGGGCGGCGACUGCAUGGCACGUCGCCCUCGCGCAGCGCGACGCGAGCGGCGCGCUACACUUCGUCGAGGCGACUCCGCCCGCCGUCGUCGUCACGCCGGCGGCCGACUUUUGGCGGCGCGCCAGCCACGCGACUCUGUACGCCGGCCGCCUCGUCGGCGCGAGGAUGCGUGCGCUCGGCGCCGCCGCCACGCAGGCCGCGAGCGCGCAGGCGGGCACGCCGUACGCGAGCGACUUCGAGCCGCCGCCCGCCAAGUUUUACUGCAGCUCGCUGGUGGAGUGGGCCUUCGGCGUCGCCGCCGGCGAGAAGAGCGUCUUCCUGCCGCCGGGCCUCACGUUCAAGCUGCUGUUCGAGCCGCUCGGCUUCUGGGAGCGGUACUACCACGGCCUGAACCAGAGCUUGCCGGUCAACGUGAGCGGUUCCAACCCCACGCUCCUGCUCCACAGCCCGGCGGUCCGUUUCACGACCCUCCGUCCGGAGGACGUCGUGGCGAAUCUGUGA